AUGAAUCGCUACCUUCAACCUAGACUGACUCGCGCCCGAGCUCUCGACAGCGUCGUCGCCGCUGCCCUUCUCAGCCCGGUCUACUAUCCCCGCACCGCAGCGACUCAACAGACAUACACAUACGCCACACAGAGCGAACCAAGCCGUGGAGGGAAAACGGGGCCCACGAGGAAAACGAUUUCUGUUCUUUCCGAUGACGGGCGUAUCCAGUGGGGGGACCUAAGCGGGAGGGAGAAGGUUUCACGGGCCACGCAGCAGUCGGUCAACUUUAUGGUCGUGCUCGCCGGGGCGGUAUUGACUGGCGGUGUGUUCUAUCUGCUGUUCACCGAGGUGUUUUCGCCCAACAGCAGCACAUGGCAGUUCGAGAAGGCAGUUGACCGCAUCAAGGAAGACAGUCGAUGCACAGACCUGCUCGGCGACCGCAGAGAGAUCAAGGCCUACGGAGAGGAAACCGGGAGUAAAUGGGCUCGGAACAGACCGAUUGCAACCUCGCAAGAAAAGGACCGGUUCGGACGGGAACAUCUGAGAAUGAACUUCCAUGUCGAAGGGCCUCGCAAUUCUGGCGUUGUGUUCGUGCAUAUGGUCAAGUCCCAGGAGACAAACCAGUGGGAAUACGUCCUCCUUGCGUUGGACGUCCGCGGCCAUUCUCGCAUCUACCUUGAACACGCCGCCGAUAAAGCCGGAGGGUCCAAGGCGCUGAAGAUUUUCGGCAUCCAAUGGCGGUAG